AAUUCAUCCAGGUGUUUAGAAUUCUCAACUUCUAUUAUAUCCUUCUAUACAAAACAUCUAUCGUUCAUCUUGUCGUAACAUCAUAGUGUCAGGAUGUCUCAAACGUUCGAGACGUUUAUUAAAUUCACAACCGACUCAGUCGGCCUAGAGCGCACAUUCCGGCUCUUCCAAUCCAUCGUGCAAAUCCUCUCCUUCUUCUCCAUCCCCUUCGACCUACUCCUCUACGUGCUCAGCACCAGCACGGGGCAAAUCCCCUCCUCGUCCGCCGUCCGCGCCAUCCUCAAGGCUUUGAACCAGCGCCUCGGUCUCGCGCGGCGCUUCUUCCGCGUCUUCCGGUCCCUCGAAUCCUUCAACGCCGCCCAAAAACUCUCCGCCCGCCUCUCCUCCCCGGCGACCUGGGCCGGCGCCCACCGCGGGCUCCUCGUCAAAGCGCACCCCUGGCUCGACGUCUUCGCCAAGACCUUCAACGGCCUGUACCUGCUCCUCGAAGCGUCCACUCUACUCGACGCCCUGCAAAUCCCGGGCCUAACCGUCUUCGCCGCGCCGCAGGAGCGCCUCGUCGCCCUCGAGGCCCAGCGCUUCUGGCUCUUCUCCCUCGUCUGCGGCGCCCUGUACCAUGCCCUCGAGAUCCCGCUCCUGAUCGCCUACUACCCGCCACCUCCUAAGAUCGAAGCCCCGAAGUCGAAGGAGGACGUCGACGAACGCCUGUCCGCGGCCAAAAUGACCGAGGCCGAGCACGCGGCGUACCUGCGCCGCGCCUCCGCGAAGCGGGACGAGGCCGCCCGCGACUGGGCGGUCCAGGUCUCGCGGUCGAUCCGCAAGCUGGGGCGCGCGGCGGCCGCGAACGCGCUAGAUGUCGUGCUGCCGGGCGUCGCGGUGGGGUGGAUCAAGGCGGAGCCGGGGACCGUGGGCGUGGCGAUGCUGGUGACGACGAUCCUGACGAGCAUGGAUGUGUGGGAGCGGUGCGCGCGGGAGGUCCGCGGGGUCAAGGCCGCGGAGGGAGAGUCGUGGGCGAUUCCCCGGCGGGCUUGAGUCAAUGGUUGGGUGUUUGUCUAUGCAGGGAGGCUUAAAUACCAAGUUUGGUCAUCUCGCCUGUGCUUAUUGGGUAGAUGGGCGAUGCAACGCUGGGAAUAAGGCUUGGGAAUGAGACCACGAGGGGUUGGGUAUAAGAUAGAGUCAUAUAGGCGUUAUGUGUGUGGGAUGAUUGUCAUCUGCAAAAAGGAUACUCGUGAUAUAACUUCACCCUCAGAAUCACUAGACGU